GAGAAUAUGGUGCAGGUGCAUAGGCCAGGUAGCGGGUAUUUUUAUCAUUCCCUGCCUGGCAACCACACUUUCUCUUCCUCCUUUCUUACAGGCAGUGCCGACACCGACGGUCUCACACAUCCAGCAAAAUGUCUUCCUUAUCCAAGAGCGAUAUCGAGGAAAUCACAGAGGUCUUCGAACUGUUUGACUUCUGGGACGGCCGGGACGGUGAGGUGGAUGCCUUCAAAGUGGGUCACAUGUGCUUUUGCCUCGGUCUCAACCCCACACAGGAGAUGAUCUCCAAGAACGGCGGCACGAAAAAACUGGGAGAGAAGGCCUACAAACUAGAGGAGUUCCUGCCCAUCUACGAGAGCAUUGCCAGGGAGAAGGACACUGGUACCUUCGCUGACUUCAAGGAGGCCUUCAAGACUUUCGACCGCGAGGGACAAGGCUUCAUCUCUUCUGCCGAGUUGAGGCAUGUGCUGACCUGUUUGGGUGAGAAGCUGACAGACGAACAGGUAACGGAGGUCAUCAAGGCCACCGACACACGGGAGGACUUGGAGGGCAAUGUUAAAUACGAAGAUUUCAUUGCGAAAAAUCAUGAAGGGUCCUGAACAGUAAAUCAUCUUAUAACAUCCUACAACCACAUGAACUGAACAUCAUACUGAUACCUGUACAACCCAUGUGACAAAAAGACACGCAGACGUCGAUGACACGAAUGUGCGAUGUGUGUCACUCUCCCUCCGUCCUUCACCUUCCGCUGCUAGGUCAAGGUCACUCGCUGGUCACGAUCGACCCGCGGAAGGUGGCUCCAUGGGUUGUGAGAGCAAUGUGCCUACAGCAUCGUGUCGUCUGACUGGAAGACUGAGUUGGCAUCGAUCAGAAAAAAAUCCCACUGAAAAUAUUGUAUUCUGGCACUGUCAUUCUCAUUUUAAAGAAACAAAUCAUUUUUUUUAAAGGGUUGCUGCUUGAUAAAAAUCUCCUGUAGAUCUUCAACAGAUCUGUUUGAAUUAACCGUUAUUUCAGACUACCAUUUUUACCCCACGCAGGUAUGCAAUGCCCCAAGAUCAUAAGCUUAUCGUGUGACUGGCCUUGACAAAACGUAAUUAUUUAAGAGAUUAAAAAUAAAGGUGGAUGGUUGGAGAUGAGGAAAGUUGCUGCAUACCGCCAUUUUGUCUCGUUUCUGCUCACUGUCGUAUAAUUGCCUUCUGCAACCUCCGCUGCUGUGAAUAGAAUGUGAUCAACCCGAAUAAACAUUUCAUCCCAACGGU